AAACAUACAAGCUGGAUGCAAUAACACGUCCUCGAACGCGUAAAGUCGAAGACAGACAAUAUACACGGACAUUUCGAGUCCCGUCAAGCCGCUAUUCCACUUCGGGUCCCUGGGCGGCUUCCGUUGUGACUUGCACCGUGGAUCUCUCGCUGCUCGCUCCAAGUGACUUCAGUCGACUACUGCGCCUGACUGAACAGUGCUCUGCGACCUUUUGGAUCAAUUACCCUGCCUACUGCUCAACCGUCAUUAUGGGUGUGCCAUUCGAGGCUCUGCUUCCCUAUGGGAUCAUCGUCGGCAUGUACGCCGUCACCGGAGUCGGCCUCAGUGUUACGAAGUAUUUUGUCAACGAUCACAAGAAAGCAAGGUGGAAUAGAGAUGCUUGGGAUAAAAUUACAGUGAUGGAAAGAGAUCUACGAAUAACUGGAAGUUGGAGGGGUCAAUCCACGAACCCAGAGGCCCCUGCUGGCUUCGAAGUUAGCAACCCAUGGAGACUUGAGAAGAGGACCUUCUAAUCGAGGACAAAUACUGGUUAACACGGUGAUGUUUGGCGACAUGAUAUUCAAUUUUUAUAUGAGCCGUGAUUCCUUUCUUUAAAUAGAUCAUUUUGUACAGUACUGCUGGGAGAAAACAGACUGGCGACCAAAUUACAAGUUUUCUCUUGGGUUUUUGACUUUUGCCAUCUAAUCCCUCUAAUUCUUCCAUUAAAUUAAUGAUUAGACCAUGGCUAAGAGGCGUUGUCACGCUCUCAGCGUGGAUUCCCAGGCAAUGACCGUCUACUAAUACCUAACCGCAAUCCUGAUUAGAGCUCUUUCAAUCAUUAUUCAACCUCUUUGCGGAACAGGGAAUUUCUCAAUGCACAUCAUCAAUAGAUCAUUUCCCAUAGGGUAUUUUAGCGACUAUCAAAGAAUUGACAUUGC